AUUAUAAUAAGGAAGGCGAAAGGAUUCAUACGAUUUUGAAUUAGGUAAGAAAACAACGAGUACUAGGUGUGAAGCGAUGAAGUACGAAGGAAUCUUUCGAAGAAAUUUUACUUUGACGUGAUCGACAUAAYAUAUUUUUUAAACAUUAUUCAAGGAUUGAGCUUGGAAAGCUUGACAAUCAAAAAAUACGCGCCACGAGUAGCCGAAUCAUCUGAUUAAAUUCCAAAUUAAUCAAUUAUACCAAGUUUUUUUUAUAAAGAAGAAACAAUGAAAUCAAGAAAUCGGCAGGACUGACUUUGAAUAAAGAAGAGCAAAAAAAUAAGGAAAAAACAGUUUAAGGAAUACGACAAGCAAGACACUAGCAAAGCAAAAACAUUUAAAAAAGUACAAAGCGGUGAUAUAUGAUCAAUAAGUCAAAUUCCAGCUAGUCAACUCAGCAUCUCAAACAAUGUCGAGCCAAAUGGGAAGCAACUUGAGUUUUCCGACGGACGAAACAUCAACCGACAUUCCAUCUUCGAGCAURAUUUGCUCAAUAUUGCUAUUCUCUGGCAUCAUUGUUAGUAUACUCGCCAUCUUCACGGUCAUAGGGAACGGUCUUCUUCUCGUUGCGAUAUGGAAAGACCCCUAUCACUCAUUCCGCAUCCCRCCAACAGUGUUUGUCGUCGGGCUUGCAGUAGCAGACUUUCUUACAGGAGCCGUUGUAGCUCCAAUGUUUGUGCACAUCAGAUUAGCGACAUACUUAAGCAGAGAGGAGAGAAGUUGUUGUGAGGUURACGAUACACUGCUCUCUGCCAAAGCCAUUAAAAAAGURUCCUUCCUGACCAUGAACGCUUCGUACUUGAUAUUACUGUUUCUCACAUGGUCACAGUUUUCUGCAAUACACUUCCCUCACAAGCACCGAGUWAUGYUGACAAGUAGAAAGGUUGCAGCRUGUGUMAUUKCCGUAUGGAUUUACGUGAUAUUCUUCUCUUCGCUYCAGUUCUUCAUCCAAUACCAAACGCUCCUGAAGRUCGACUUCUACGUUCACACGUUAGUGUUCCUGAUUUUGCUUACGGUUGCGUACUGCUGCCUUUACGCAGCGUAUAAAACGCAGAUUCAACGCAUCGUAGCCGUCACCACGGAACGCUGCACGGAAACGGAAAGGCGCGAAUCGAUGCGAAUACGACGGCGAUCUGAACGUCAAUUUACUAUUGUGACAUUGGUGCUGGGCAUGUUUGUUAUCAUCUGUACGCUUCCCUCGACUGUGCUUCAGUGUGUCAGGGUAUAUUUUAACGAGCAUCGUAACAAUAAAGGGAUAACAUUUCUUGUAGCUCGUGAGAUAAGCAGUGAUAUUUUAUUCCUAAAGUUUGCCUUGGACCCGUUUGUCUAUUGCUGGCGGCUAGUUUCGUACAGGAAAGCUUUGAAGAUGAUCAUGCCGUGUGUGAAAACAUCUGUAGAACCGCAUGUUUUUGUGAUGAGCAUGAAGUCAGCCAUAGAGGGUGCGGACGGCAGAAAGACAUCCGUUCGACUAUCGCAGAACAAUGCCGUAUCUCUCGCAGUGAAUAGGUAGAUGAAAAGGACGACAUCUUGAACUGCAGUUUUUCGAUUCUUAAUUGUGCAGCCUUAACCUCGAAAGUAUGUAAUAUAGAGGAUAUUAUGGGCGCGCGGAUAUACGGAUUUUAUAUAUUCGAGUGUUGAAAAGAGAUUUUCAACACGAGAAGAUAAAAUUCGUCCCCAAGCGACCAUGUAAUAUUCUGUUUAUCAUAUAAUUACUUAUGUAAUUACUUAUGUAUUACCUAUUGUAAUGCAGACACCMUGUGUACAAAGAWGACAAUACAAAUCUAUGAUUAAUURAAUYUAAGUUUGCACAGAAGAGAAUUCGAMACUGGGWACUAUAUUUCUGUAAAAAAUUAUGGUAUGUUUAAGGAGCUUUGAGGGAA